AGCAGCACCGUCUGGAGGAUUCGCUUUGUGCUUGUGAAUUGCAAACAGCUGGAACGACCCAACACAACUGUCUGCCUAUUUGACACCUGAAAUUAAUCCUUUGGAUAAUUCAUUCAUGACACCCGUGAACAAUGCAGGGUAAUAAGAAACAUACAGAAGGACAUAGUGACUCCUCAAGUAUUGGGAGUCUCCUGGAUGACACAGACAGAGAAGUGAGCAGUCUCACAGACCGGGCUUUCAAAAGUUUGUGUGUGGCGGAACUUGAAGACUCUUACAAUGAACCAGGUCUUGCCAUUUCACCUGACUUUGCCCUCCAAUUCUCUGCUAAAUUUCAUCCAGGGACAUUAAACCACACCAUCAAGAAAAGCAAUGUCUCUAACAAGCUAACAGCAAGAAACAAUGAACAUACAAUAUGGGCUUCCACAUUCCAGCAGUUACCAAAGUGUGCUCCAGAGGAGAAAAGGAUUGCUAAAAAUAACACCUUUGCCACGGAAAGGAAAAAGCUGAAUUUGCCAGUCCCUGGUCCAAGGAACAAUAAACAUGUUUCAAAAGUGUCCUCGUUAAUUAAGACAUUUGACAAGACUGCAGACCAAGGGUCAGGAUGUUCCCUGAUAGCCCUUAAGCAGCCCAUUAGGAAUAGCUUUCAAAAAUGUAAAUUAAAUCAUGGAAAUGAUAUGGCUUGCUGGGAUGACACAGACGUUUUAAGCAUCCACAAGGAACUUUCUGAAUUUUCUGAAGCUAGUCAAGAUAGCGACUGUCUCAGUAGCAAACAUGAGCCACAGAAAAGACCUAACAAACUAGACCUGAGUUAUUGUGGCUCUGAUGGUUAUUAUCCCGUGCUGAUUGAGAUGUCAAAAGUAGCCAAGUCAAAUUUUUCCCGUUCAUCUACAAAAGCUUUAAAAAACAGAAGUGUGAAAGUUAAUGAGCCAGCAAAAAAAGGUAAUUUUCUUCACAGUGAGAAUAGUGCUUUUGAAUCAUGGAAUGUUCAUCAUAAAAAACUGACUGAAAAGGAGGAAUUUGUUGAUAUAAAAACAAAAAAGGAAGGUCUUGCAUACCUGGAAGAAGCACCAUUCAUUAAAGGAUCUCGCACACACGAACAUAAAUUGCCAUCUGCCAAGAUCACUGUUGCUAAGAAGCAGGAGAAAGAUUUUCAGAUGGAGCCAAUUCCACCAGAAGCUGCUUUCAGCAUCCCUCUCCCAGCUGUAUACGUACCUCAGGGCCCCCUUCUUUCAGAAACUGAAUUUACUGCUGCUCUUCCUCCCGCACCCCCCCCUAGGAUCCAUGUGCACCAGGGUCUUCCUCAGCCACCUCCUGUCCCACAGGCACUUCCUCUUCCACCCCCCACUCAGCAGGGCCCUCCCCCCACACCCCCNNNNCCCAAAGCCACUCCUGUGCCACCACCCCCAAUACCAGCUCAGCUUUCUCCCCCUGCCAUGUCCCAAGCCUCCAUCUCACCUCAGUCCACAUCCUACAGGGUGGUUUCAACCUCACCCAUGUCCCAGGUACCCAGCCCACCACCACCAAGACCCCUGGCCACCUUAACUGAAGAGGAGGCCCUCAGUCCCCAACUGGGCAACACCUGUCCACCCUGGAGGAGACAGAGGGCUACAAAAGGGGCAGCAGAGAAGAGACAGACUUCAAAGGAGAAGUUCAUAGCCAGUGAUGAGACCAUUUCAUUGUCUGAAAAGGCAACUGGUGCUGAGCCUGGUCUGGAUGUGACUCCUCUCACUAAACAGGUAAACUCCCCUGGCUCGAUCAGUCCCUCUUUCAACAUCACUGAACUCUUAACACCCAUAAUACCACCAAAACAGGAGGUAGACCCUGUGGAAACCGAGCUGAUCCCACUGACACCUCCACCCACUGAGACCGCGACGAGAGAUGGUGAGGGGAGCACAUUUGGCGAUUACAGGUCUCGGGAUAGUUACAAAUCGAAAGCGUCGAGUCUGUUAUUCAACUUGAAGGAUGUGCGUAAACGUGUUAAAAGCAUUUAUACCCCUUCUCCCCUGUUAAGGGCCUUGGAGGAGAAAAAUAAAACUAGGGAAAAUAUACAGAAGAGUACAAAAAUUAAUACCUCACUCUCGACUUCACAAGAAAAAAGUAACAAAAAUAUUGCAGAGAAAGACGAAUCGAGUGAUAUAACCUCAGUAUUGUCUGGCAAUGUUCACGAAAAGGACAAUAAAACUGGUUUAACUGAACAAUUUACAGACAAUUAUCUCACUUUGAGUUCACCCCAGACAACAGAGGACUUUUUAUUUUACCAAACUGGAGACAACUUGCAGCAAGAUGAUUCAAAACACAAAGGUCUGGUUAAAAACACAAAGGGUAAUGAAAACUUCCCCUUGUUCAGACAUGAAUCAGAUGAGCCUGAUUUACGGAAGUACGUGCAGUAUCCAGCACUGAAACCACUCAGUAGAGACAGUGCAGAUAAAACAGCUGGGCAGCCCAUGCCAAACCCCAGUGAUCAGGGUGAGGAAAAUGAGAGACAGGCUGCUAAUCAGAAUGAAGAGUUUGCCUUCAAAACACUCACAAACCAACUUUCACCACCAGAAGAUGUGCCUUACAGUGACAUCCAUACCAGUAUGGUAGCAACCGUCCAUGAAGCACAAGGCAAAAGAAGCAGUAGUUCUUCAGAGCAAUCUUUUGUCUCCACAGUAGAGCAGCCACUUCAGGAGGAGCCAUUUCCACCAAUGCCCCUGAUGCAGAAUGCAUGCUUUCAAGAAAGCCAGAGGACUAAGAGAGAAAUGGGUGCAGACAGUAAGAAAACCCACAAGGAUUUUUAGGUUGGGGAAGAUGAACUGCAGUAUUAUGCUUGUAUCAGCUCUGGUACUGGUGCAGCAGAGAAGAAGGAGGGUAGAGUUACUGGGAAUGAGCAGAGGAGCUUGGUGAAAGAAAAACUAAGGAGAGAGAAAAGGGAAGAGGCCAACAGCAUGGAUUCUGCUUCCAACAGUGUAAGGGAUCUGUCCAUCCCCAGGUCUGAGGAGCCACAAGCACCCCCAUCUUCAAGCUCAACCAAACCCUGUCUGUUUAUGAUUAAAGAUAACACAUUCAGGUCACCUCAGGUAAUAAGGGCUGUUAAGCUGCCCCUGCUCAGGUCCUUUUCCCUGGACGAUACCGUGAGCAGCAGUUAUAAGGAAAUGGAAAGUAAGUUUGUGCCCCCUGCAGAGCAGAAGCAGCACCAAAACAUGUUGCAUGCCCAGGAGGUAGACUGGUUGGCAUUGAGACGCAGAGAGCAGCGGAAUGUAAGGGAUAGAGCAACCAGCAGAGGCAAGGAGGCCAGUGAGCCUGGAUCUACUUCAGCAACACUGGAUCCCAGUCUUCUGGAAGAUACAGAGAGCUUUUCAUUAGGGAAGCUAAUGAAAGAAGAUGAAGAGAUUUGUGCUUUGUUAAAUAAAGUUGGGAAAAUGAAUGAGGAAAGUGUCUGUAGAAGGAAAGAGAAGCCCCAGACUAGGAAGGCAAGACACAGCUUAACACAGCCAAAUUUAGGUCUGGAAAAUGACCAAGCACAAAACAACCCCAGCUAUCCCACAGAAAGCCAGAUGAGUUACUUUAAGAAUCAUCAUUUACCUAAUCGCAGAGGUGGCUCUUGUGCAAAAAAAAUAAUCACUAGAGAGACCAUUUCCCCUGUGACUGGUUCCAUGUUAGAGGACCACGCAUAUUCUCCUAUAUCCCAUGAAGCUCUAGAGGACAUCCUACCCAUGGAAGGUGCACCAGUUUUGUUAGACAGUCUUGCAUGCUCUGCUGUUACAAGCCCCAGGUCAGGCAGCACAAUGCACUCUGUUGCUGCCAGUUCAUCAUCAGGCAAGCCAACAAGAGAGACAGAGGAUGUUAUAAACCCUGCCUUGCUAAACAUGGCAUUAAAGAGCCAAGCUGAUGUGUCCACAGAAGAGAUAUUUGAUUCAGCACAGGGGAAUCUGCCUUCUGAUUUUGCAGGGGAAGCUGAGAGCCUGGAGCCCAGAGGGCUUGGGGAUAGAGCAGCAGGCAAGCCUCCCGCUGUGCCACCCAAAACAGAAAAGGCUCUGCGGCGGGCCAAAAAGCUGGCAAGCAGGAGAAAGAAAACGCAAGAGCAGCAGAAAAAACAUCAGACUGAACAUACAGAUGCUGUAGGAAGAAAGUCUCAUUCUGGACAGACACUAGCAUCUCCCUUAUCCUUGGGAUAUUCUCCUCUCUAUCCUGCCUCUCACUCAACUUCUACUCCCACAGAAACCAGUACAGGAAGACCCAGUGGUGCACCAGCAAUAAGCCCUUCACCCUCUUCAGCCCAGCGUAAACUGCUCCAAGACCCUGACUCUGGCCAAUACUAUGUAGUUGAUUUACCAGCUGAAGUUAGUUUAAAGACAUUUUAUGAUCCAGAAACUGGCAAAUAUGUUCAAGUCUCAGUCCCUUCCUUGAAAGAGAACUUAUACCAGCCCCCGUCUUCAGAAAUUAUGAAUUCUCCUUAUGCUUCCUACCCUAGAGUGCUGCCUUUACCAGCUUCAUCUGUAGCAGUGCUGAAGUCACCUUCCCAGCUCUCCGAACCUACCUGGUUAAUGCCAGCUGUACCAGGAAAACCAGGUGAAGUACCUGAAGAUGGCAAGCAUGACUACAGACAUGCUGAAGCUGUGGAUACCCAGCCCUAUAUUGAACCAGCCUCUUACCCCUACAGUCAAGAUGCUGAAGAAGCUCAAGUUCACUUACAAAAGGACAUGAGCCCAACCCCAAAUACUGAUAUAGUGUCCCUCACCAAUUUAGAUGAUUUUGCUGCUGAAGGAGUAUCUUGA